CCAUCAGCUCGGCAGCACUUCCCAGCGCAACAGAUUCUUGCAUUUCACAUAACUCUGAUUGCGCAACGUGUGUAGCCGAAGCAGCCAGUUUUCUCAGUGAGCAUGAACCUCAGUCUUACCGACCAGAACAUGCACAACUCCAGUGAAUGCUGCCUAGAGGACGACAAACCUGAUGUCAUGUUGCCUUGCUUCCGCAGAAACAUGUAUGACGAGCCUCUGGCCUCGUACUCCAGCGGAUCCAUCAUCUCUCAACUCCUCCGCAAGACAAUCCACAACAAGAGGGCACUAGAUGAAAGUCAUUUCUACCUUUCCAGCUCCACUGCCGCUGACUCCGGCCAGGAGGACCAGUGCAGCGUCUCCUCAAAGGACAGCACGGUGGAAGCUGCCUCCCCCAGCGGUCAUGUUUCGACAGGAGCCAGCCUGGAGGGGGAGCAUCCCAUGACUGACCACCUGCAGGCAAAGAGAGCCAGAGUGGAGAACAUUAUCAGAGUCAUGGCGGGCUCUCCCAACAGCAGGCAACAUGGAGACAGUGAGAGGUCUGACACAGAUGCCAGAGACACCAGAGAGGCCAGAGAAGCAUACAGAGAGAACAAACGUAAGCAGCGGUUGCCUCAACAUCAAGAAAACAGUGUAGGAGGACCGGCAAACAGAAGACCUGGAAGCAGCAGUAGUGAUAACUGCAACACCAAGGAUGAGGAGUGUCACAAGCUGAAAGAGCAGCUCCACAGCAUGCAGAGGCUGUUGCGUCAGCUCCAGGAAAAGUUCCUUCAAGUUUACAACCAGGAGGACCCUGAACAGAAUGACAGAGAUGAGACAGAAGUCGCUGUUGAGCACGACACCAUGGAAGAAAGCACAGAGCCACGCUACGUAAGCACUGAAGAUGAUUUUGAAAGGAAGAAUAGCAGAAUGACUGCAGAGUGUAAGGACCGAAUGAAAGUAGUUGGUUACCUGGUACACCAGAGAGAAAGUCAGAACCUGCAGGAAACCCUGAAGCAUGAGCUCUCCAGGGCUGUGAAUGACUGUGUGGACAAAGUGUUCAAGAAGGUGUCCUCCACUGGGCUGGAUCGGUCCCCUCAGCAGCACAUGUGCUCAUCUCCAGAGAUGCAGCUCAGCAUGGGUGCAGACAGGAAGAGCCAGCAGGUGGGCUCCACCCAGGAACAGCCCCAUGCUGAGGAGGCUGCAGUGAAACCCCGCUCUUUGGAGUACUAUGAACGAUCUGAGGCUCAAAGCCCACAGGACCAGACGGAGGCGCUGUCACUGGUGGUGCGCAAGCCGGCAGUGACCCCUAUGAGCUCAGUCACCCCAACAGUGAAGAGGCCCUAUCCUGUGCACCAGACACCAUUUCAGUUCAAUUACAGCACCCCUCUGCAUGACAGUCAGAUCCUAGAGCAUCUUCUUAAGUAUGGGCCCCAUUCCAACUUCGCGGGUCUCCCUUGCAUGCCCCCAUCAAUGGACAGGACCUCCCCCGACUCAGUGGACCUGCCGUGGGACACCAUCGCAAUGAGGUCCAAGGUGACAUCCAGCCACCUCGGCCACCACCCUCGUCCCUCCGCCCUGGGGGCAGUGACGGUCGACAAUCUGUGUCUCCCUCAUGUCAAGAUCGAGUGUGGUGAACUGCAGAGCAUGGCUGAGCGAAACCCCUACAUGUCACUAAACAUCCAGGAGGGUCUCACCCCGAGCCAUCUGAAGAAGGCAAAGCUAAUGUUCUUCUACACCCGCUACCCCAGCUCCAAUGUGCUGAAAACCUUCUUCCCUGAUGUCAAGUUCAACCGCUGCAUCACCUCUCAGCUGAUCAAGUGGUUCAGUAACUUCAGGGAGUUCUACUACAUCCAGAUGGAGAAGUUUGCCCGCCAGGCUAUCGUUGACGGCAUCAGUGAUGUCAAAGACAUGACAGUUAGCAGGGACUCAGAGCUGUUCCGGGCACUGAACAUGCACUACAAUAAAGCCAAUGACUUCCACGUGCCAGACAGAUUCCUGGAGGUUUCUGAGAUCACCUUGCACGAGUUUUACAGUGCCAUUUCUGCAGCCAAAGAUUCAGACCCCUCUUGGAAAAAGGCCAUAUACAAGGUGAUCUGUAAACUGGACAGCGACGUUCCAGAUGAGUUCAAGACAUCUUCCUAUUUAUAGACUGAACUGGGGAAUUAUAACCGUGAAGGAACUUGUGUAUAACUAGUGAAUUAGUCACUUGACAGUAUUAUUUCAUCCUUUCUUGUAGUGCAUUUUAGUGAGGUGAAAUGUAGAUGUUGGAUAAUUAAUCAUGUUGUAGAUCUGUGAAAUCACACACAGACAUAUUCUUUUAAAUAUUGAUAAGCUAUCUAUAGUCUAAAAUGCUGUAUGUUCUACUUUUACAAACAAGCAAUCAUUCAUAAGUAUUCAUGCUCUUGUGGUUUAUUCUAUUGUUUAGUGUUUACUUGUAUAAUCUGCCUCAACACAUUUAGAGAGUUACUGAGUUUGUAGGUGUGUCAAAAUGUUUACAAAGUGUAAUCAUUCUUUUUGAUAUUGUGAAACUAUAGUGUAGCCUGAUUUAGCUGAACUGGAAGAGUUUUUUUUUGGCAAUUACCGUCAGUAUUAGUAUGCUUUUAAUUCAAUUUGAUAGCUGUGUGUUGUGUAAACGUACAUACGCUGUUGUUGUAUAUUGCAUAAUGUUCUUUAAUUAUGUUGUAAACUUUUAGCUUGACAGAAUAUGCAUGUGAAAAUAAUGCAAGUGACUGUUAUGGGUUUUAUUAUCA